AUGUCGUCGCUCCUCUUCAUCGCCGCAUUCGCCGUCACACAAGCAGUAGCAUCGCCAACACCAUGGUCACCGCGCCUUGACGAGCGACAGACACCUCCUCCGCCUGGCUCAUCAGGCGACUUUACUGGCCUGACCAGCAUGGGUACCCAAAAGACUAUUGGCCUGAUUCUCGCCAUUGGCUCAUCGCUGGCCAUUGGCACAUCCUUCAUCAUCACCAAGCGGGGUCUGAUGGAUGCCGCAGAGCGUGGUGGAAUGCAGAACGCCUCCGAGGGCCACAGCUACUUGCAGAACCCAAUCUGGUGGGCAGGGAUGGUAACGAUGAUCGUAGGCGAGGUGGCCAACUUUGCCGCCUACAUGUUCGCGCCGCCUAUCCUGGUCACGCCAUUGGGCGCCUUGAGCGUCCUUAUCGGCUCGAUCCUCGCAUCUUUCAUCCUCAAGGAGGAGCUUGGUCGCCUGGGCAGGGUAGGCUGCACCCUCUGCCUCGUAGGCACAGUCAUCAUCGUCGUCAAUGCCCCCGAGGACAAGGAGGUUCAAACAGUCGACGAAAUCCUCAACUACGCACUCCAGACCCCCUUCCUUACAUAUUGCUUCCUCUCCUUCGUCUUUGUCGUCUGGAUGAUCUGGCGCAUGGUGCCCCGCUACGGCAAGAAGACGCCCCUCGUCUACCUCUCUAUCUGCUCUCUGUCUGGCAGCAUUACUGUCAUGGCCGUCAAGGGUUUUGGAGUCGCUCUCAAGCUCACAGUGGACGGCAACAACCAAUUCACCCACCCAAGCACCUACUGCUUUGCCAUUGUAGUCGUCGUCUGCAUCCUGGUCCAGAUGAACUACUUCAACAAGGCCCUCGAUCAGUUUUCGACCAAUAUCGUCAAUCCGAUAUACUACGUGACAUUUACAACCAGCACCAUCUUUGCCUCGUUCCUCCUUUUCCGCGGCUUCAAUACGGAAGGAGCCGCUCCGGCUGUCUCGCUUUUAGGAGGCUUCGUCGUCAUCUUCAUGGGAGUGUAUCUCCUCAACAUGAACAAGCUCAUAGACCCUGUGACUCAGCAGCCGCGUAUGAGCUUGGUGACUGGAGAAGGG